AUGGCUGUGGAAGAGACGUAUUCCUCGGUUGGUAAUUUUGCAAAAUUGUAUGAACUUCAACAACAGAUUUUAAGAUUCAAGCAGGAAGACCAAACUCUUGCUAUAUAUUACCACACUCUACGUGGUAAAUGGGAAGAGUUAGAUCACUACCAAGACUACAUAUUUGUGUGUGCAUCUGAUGUUAAAGCAUUUCAUGCUAUGGCUGAGGAGAGUAGAAUGAAGGGUAUGUCUAUGUCUGCACCUGUAUACACUAAGCUUGAGCUAGAAGUACCAUUGUCUGAGAGGUCUGCUCUUGCCACACAACAAUCAAACGAACCCAAUCCUUCAAAAGGAGGGAAGCAGGAUGACAAGAGCAAGUUGAGGUGUGAUCAAUGUGGGCAUACACGCUACACUAGGGAAAUAUGCUGGAAUCUACACAGUCGCCCUACUCUAGCUCUUGCUCAUGCGAAUGAUAGGCCAAGGCCUGGUCCAUUUAGGGGGUUAUCUAUGUCACAUACUGUAGAGCGUGAGAUUGCUUCUACUGGUCAUGCCUCCUCAGGGCCACCGAGUUCUUUGUUCGGGGCUGAACUUGAUACUCUCCGACAUCUACUAGCACAACAUGCCUCCAUUUCCACCUCUUAUCUUCUCUUAGACAGGUUCCUCUCAUUCGGCACUCAGGUUUCCACACUAUCUGGUGGGCCACCCUGGAUUAUUGAUUCAGGAGCCACUGAUCACAUGGUUGGUAUGACAUCUGAUUUUUCUUCAUACAGUUUAUAUUCUGGUAAGGAUAAGUUGGAUGUAAAGAAUGCUUUCCUUCAUGGUGAUUUGGAGGAAGAGGUGUAUACAACUAUGCCACUAAGGUUUAAGCUUGCCAAUGGUAGGCUUGGAGCUAGACUUAUUGAUAUUCCCAUUGAGCAGAACCAUAUGCUUAAUGAUGUAGAUGGAGACCCAUUAGAUGAUGUGGGAAGAUUUCAGCGAUUGGUUGGGAAACUGAUUUACCUAUCUCUCACGCGCACGGAUAUUGCCUACGCUGUUAGUGUGAUUAGGUCUGUGACAAAUCGACAAUCUACUUCAGGAUGUUGCACAUUUGUUGGAGGUAAUCUUAUUUCAUGGAGAAGCAAGAAACAGUUUGUAGUAGCUAGAUCUAGCGCUGAUGUUGAGUUUAGAUCCAUAGCACAUGGAGUUUGUGAGUUGUUAUGGCUACGAAUGAUGUUGGGUGAGUUGGGUUAUCUUGUUCGCGAAUCAAUAAAGUUGUAUUGUGACAAUAAUGCUGCUAUUAGCAUUGCCCACAAUCCAGUUCAAUGUGACAAGACAAAGCACAUUGAAGUCGAUCGACACUUCAUGAAGGACAAGCUUCGUCUUGGGUUGAUUUGUACUCCAUACGUCAACACACAUGAUCAGGUUGCUGAUGUUUUGACUAAGGGUGUUGGUAAUAAUGACAACAUCUCCCUUGAGACUGAAAUUGAUCCAAUUACCCUUUGCCGUCAGGGAGAGCAUAAGCUAAUUAUUGAUGAACAAAUUGGUCUCAGAUGCAAAUUCUGCUCUUUUGUGAAACUGGAGAUUAAAUUUAUAUUCCCAUCCUUUAGUAAGUGUCCUUGGGGAUAUCGUGACACAAGACAGUUUGGCAGAUCAGACAGCACUAUUUUUGAUGAGCUUCAGUUCCAAAUUUCUGGUUGUGAAAACCAGUCAGGUAUUAAUUGCUCUGUUCAUGACAAAGGCACAGUAUGGGACAUUAUUCCUGGAAUUAAAAACAGUAUGUAUCCCCAUCAGCAAGAAGGGUUUGAAUUUAUUUGGAAGAAUAUAGCUGGUGGAAUUCACCUUGAGAAGUUGAAGCAGCCUGCUUUUGAUGGUGGGAGUGGAUGCAUUAUAUCACAUGCUCCUGGGACUGGAAAAACGCGUUUGACAAUAGUCUUUCUACAAACGUACCUAGAACUAUUUCCGACAUGCAGACCAGUUAUUAUUGCUCCUUGCAGUAUGCUACUUACAUGGGAAGAAGAGUUCCGAAAAUGGAAUGUUGACAUUCCCUUUCACAAUCUGAACAAGCCAGAGUACUCUGGCCAGGAAAAUACUGUAGCUGUCAAUUUUCUGAAGCAAGUUGCAAAACAUGAGCAAAGUGUACAAACUAUGCGUAUGGUAAAGUUGUACUCCUGGAAAAAGGAUAGAAGCAUACUGGGUAUCAGUUACAGAUUGUUCGAGAAACUUGCGGGAGAUUGUGUUGAUGUUGAUAGAGGAGGUAAGGAGAAAAGAAAGGUUAAACCUGAUGCAAGAGGUGACGUGGUUAAAAAAAUCCUCCUCGAACUUCCUAGUCUUGUAGUGCUCGAUGAGGGGCACACUCCUCGCAAUGAGCAAAGUCUCAUCUGGAAAGCUUUGUCAAAAAUUGAAACUCAAAGGCGCAUCAUUCUUUCAGGAACUCCUUUUCAGAAUAACUUUGGUGAGCUCUAUAAUACACUCUGUUUGGUCAGACCAAAGUUUGCUGACAAGAUCAUGUCUAAAAGCAAUGGAGAUCUUAGAAAAAAGAGUGGGCAGAAAAGCAGUUUGGCGAGAGGGAAAUGGGUUUCUCUAACCAGUACCAUUGGCAAAGAUGCCAAUGAUAAACUAAAGGAACUCAGAGCCAUGAUUGACCCAUUUGUACAUGUACACAAAGGUUACAUACUUCAAGAAAGGCUCCCCGGGUUGAGGCACUCCGUGGUUGUCUUAAAGCCAACGCCGUUGCAGAAGACCCUCUUGGAAGACCUUCAAGGAAUAAAGAAACUUGAACGGGGAUAUUUUGUGUCAUUGAUCUCUGUUCACCCUUCAUUGGUGCCGAAGUGUUGCUUUUCAGAAACAAAAGAGUCGUUUGUGGUUAAGAAUGAAUUGGAAUUCCAUCCUGAUGAUGGAGUCAAAACAAAAUUCCUCAUGGAACUCAUCCGGCUAAGUGGAGCAUUAAAUGAGAAGGUUUUGGUUUUUAGUCAAUAUAUUGAUCCCUUGGCCUUCAUAAUGAACCAGCUUAAAUCUCAUUUUGAUUGGACGGAAGGAAAGGAGGUGUUGUAUAUUGAUGGACAUCGUGAUGUAAAGCAGCGGCAAUCUUCAAUUAGUGUCUUUAAUGAUCCUAACAGUGAAGUAAGGGUACUACUUGCUUCUACAAAGGCUUGUUCUGAAGGGAUUAGUCUGGUAGGGGCUUCAAGAGUUGUUCUGCUUGAUGUUGUCUGGAAUCCAUCAGUAGAAAGGCAAGCAAUAAGCCGGGCAUACAGGAUUGGUCAGAAGAAAGUUGUGCACAUUUACCAUCUCAUUACAUCCGGCACGAUGGAGGGAGAGAUAUAUGUACGACAGGCUGAGAAAGACCGGUUAUCUGAGUUGAUAUUUUCUUCUACGGAGGGGAAAGUUCAUAAGCCAAAAAUCUCAUCCACAGAUUCAGAAGAUAAAAUAUUGGAAGUGAUGGUUCAACAUGAUAAGCUCAAGGACAUUUUUGAAAAGAUACAUAAUCAACCAAAAGAAUCCGAUCUAAUUGAGACUUUUGGUUUGGUGGAUCUCUAGCGGACUCUUAGAUGGAUUUUUUUUUUUUAGGUGGCCGGCUGUAUAUUUGCAUUUUCCCACGUGAUAUUUUUGGGGCUACAAAUCCAGUUAUAUUUGUCCAAAAAGUCUGGGUUGAUGGGAAGUUCUGGAUAAUCUUAAUAAACAGUUUUUCUCAGGUGGUAAUUCAUGGCUAUGGAAGAAUGGUACGUUUUCUUUCUAUUAAUCAUUUAUAAGUCUUGUCCUCAGCAAAUAUGUAAAUUUGUAGUGUAAAUCUUAUA